GAUCUGCCCUGCUCCCAUGGACCUCUCUUGCUCCCUUUGUCUUGUUCUCUUUUCGCAGGCAUGAGCUUCCACGUCUGGCCUGUGGUGCUCCCUCCUGCCUGCUGUGCAGGCUCCUUCCUGUGCUGCUUCAUGUCUCUGCUUGUCCCUCUUGCCUGGGUUCCUGCCUCCUGUGUGCGCUGCUGUCUCUGGUUUGUUCUCCUCCCUCUGUCCUGCGCUGCUCCCCGUGCCCUGCCUAGGCUGCUCCUUUUGCCUGGUCUUAUUCCCUUUGUUCUGAGCUUCUCCCUCCUGCCUGAGCUGCUCCCUAUGUCCUGCCCUGCACCCCCAGGCCUGCGCUGCUCCCCAUGGCCUGCACUUCUCCCUCCGUCCUGCCCUGCUCUUUGUGCCUUCGCUGUUCCCCCUGCCCUGUGCUGCUCCCCCUGCCCUGCCUCACUCACUCAGGCCUGCGCCGCUCCCUCUGCCAGGCCUUUUUCCCUUUGUCCUGUGCUGGUGCCUCCUUCCCAUGCUGCUCCCUCUGCCCUGUGCUCCUUCCUUCAGCCUGCACUGUUCCCUCCACUGCUCCCACUUGCCUGCAGAUCUCUCACUGGCCUGUGCUUCUCCCUCCAGCCUACCCUGCUCCCUCCCCCUGUGCUGCUCCCCUGGCUUGUGUUUGUCCCUCAGUCCUGUGAGGCUCUCUCUGUCCUGCACUGCUCUGUCUGACCAGUGUUGCUUUCCCCAGCCUGACUGCUCUUUCCGGUGCUGCUACUCCCUCCGGCCUGCGCUGCUCUCCCGACUGCACUGCUCCUUCUCAUCACCGCUGCUCCCUUUGGCCAUGCUGCUUGCUCUGGCCUCCACUGCUGCUUCUUGUCUCUGUUGCUCCUACUCCCCACUGCUGUUCCCUCUGGCUCUGGUGUUCCCUCUGUCCUGCCCUGCUCCGUCUCCCCUGCCCUCCUCCCACUGGCCUUGGCUAUUCCCAUUGGCCUGUGGAGCUCUCUCCAGUCUCUGCUACUCCCUAUGGCCUCCACUACUUCCUCAGGCCAGUGCUGCUCUUACCAGCCUGCACUGCUGCAGCCGGCCUGCGCUGCUUCCUCAGGCUACUGCUGCUGCCUCAGGCCCGUGAUGCUGCCUCAAGUUUGCACUGCUGCUUCUUGCCUGCCUUCUUUCCAGAGGCCUCCUUUGCUCCCUCUGGCCUACACUGUUCCCACUGGUGUCUGCUUCUCCUAUUGGCCUGCCCUUCUCUCUCUGGCCUCCAGUACUCUCUCAGGCCUGCAACCCUCCUUCAGACUAGACUCUGCUCCCUCAGACCACCCCUGCUCCCUCUGGCCUGGCCUGUGCGCCUCUCUCUGGCCUGUGCCUCUCCCUUAGUCCCCUGCUGCUCCCACUGGCCUCUGUUGCUGCCUGUCACCUCUGCUGAUACCUUGGUCUCCACUGCUGCCAUGGGCCUUUGUUGCUGCUGCUGGUCCUCCCUACUGCCAGGACCUUCUGGUGCCACUGCCUAACUGCCCUUUUCCUCAAUAUUCUCCAUUGUCUCCAAAUUUUUUGUUGUUGUUUCUGAUAAUGUCCUAUUGUCGCAUUUCUCUUCUACGCACCACUACCUUGUUCCGGCGUCUCCCACAGUCCCCCCUUCUUUCUCCACUAGACUCUGCUUACUCCUGAGUGGAAGGCUGGACUCCCUCCCCCAACCCUAAGAUCAUGUGCUGAGCUGUAAUCAAUAGGCAGACGCUUAACUGACUGAGCCUCCCAGUUACCCCUGAAGCUUGGGGAUAUCUUUUUUUUUUUAAUAAUAAAUUUAUUUUUUAUUGGUGUUCAUUUUCCCAACAUACAGAAUAACACCCAGUGCUCAUUGCUUGGGGAUAUCUUAAUCUAAUGUUCUCUGUAUCAGUGCUGGUAACAAUGCAGAUUACCCACAGUUGCUAGUUCACACUGUUCUCUCUGUGAUGAGGAAAGAACCCUGUGCCACAAGAGAAAGCAAUUUACUUCAUCAAGAAAGUUGCUAUGAAAAAGUCUUACGAACUAAGUCCUGCCUGGUAACAUCAGAUUUAUGUUCUAUUACAAGGUUCUUAUCCCAGUUUCGACUUGCACUUGAGUCGCUCUGCCCUUAACUCACGGUCUAGAUCCUGUUAUAUAAUGAAGCAGUUGCUGAGUCAGUAGCAGGUACUAAAGGGAUACAGGAAUCAAUGACCUGAAAAACCUCAUUUACCCAAGAAAUAGCUCAAAGAAAGCGAAACAAGUAGUUUGACAGAGAUGGAGGAUAGUACUGCUGCUCUACGUGUGGCUGUGUGGUUUGCAUCUCCUGGGAGCUUGUUAGAAAUGCAGAAUCUCAGCCUCACACCCAGCCCCCCAACCCCCUGAACCAGAGUCCAAGUCUGCGUUGUAACGGAUCUGUGUGCACAGUACAGAUUGAGGGCUUUGGAUACAGCCUCAAUGUGGUUGUCAGGAAAGACUCCAAGGAGGUGACAUUUGAAUGUUGAGCAGGACCCAGCCAUGUAAAUAUCGGGACAAAGAGUUGUCCGAACAAUGGGAACAGCAAAGGAGAUCUUUCCACCAUCAGAGUGAAGAAGACCAGUGGAGCCCUCGCAGAGUGUGGCCUGAGUGAAGCACGUUCCUAAGACAGAGCCAGGAGACUUAAGUCUCUUCCAACUCUUACUCCGAGAGAGAGAGACCUGUCAUAGCGGUGGACGAAAUCAUUUUCGGAUUGCAUGUCAAGGCCAUGAAUCCCUGCUGUGAAGAAUAAGGUCUGACAGCAAAAUGAACCACCAGUGAGCUCUGGCUCCCAAAUCCACGUUUUUUCUGUUCCAUUGACAGAUGACCAUAUACGAGAUGUAACUGCUCUAAACUUCACGAGCCUCAUCUGUAAAACGGCAUGACUCUCUUCCGUCCAGCCGUUUCAUCUGCUAAUGCUUUGCUUCUGGUGCUGCUGUUUGGACGUAAUUUUGGAUCUCAGCGCCAGGCACAAUAAUGCAGUGUGGGCCCCCUAAAGAGCGGUGCUCUUCAAAGUCAGCAACGCCACAGUGUUAUUAAAAACACCUGCCUCUACAUGGCGUAUUUUCAGUAAACCAAAUCGGUUUUGGGAUGAAGACUAAUGGCCUUGAAGAGGUCAUCUAAUCGAUUACCUUAUUCAUGAGACUCAUUUGACAUCUGAAGCCACCCGGGGAGUAAGAAGUAAGCAAAAGGAUUUCUCUAUCAGCAGAGCCCCAGGGACAGGGGCCCUCCUUUCCAGUUCUACACUUGUUAGUUGCAUGAGCUCGGGUAUCGCCGAAACCUGCCGCAAGCAGCUGUCUGAAACCUGGCACGACGGGGGACUCUGACCGGAGUGAAGUGAACCGAGUCGGGGGACGGUUCCCCGGCGAGCGCCAGCGCUAGCGCGGAGGAUGCGCGGGUCGGGCUGGAGGCGGGUCCCAGCCAGAUGUGCACGGCCCGCCCCGCCCGCCCGCCAGCAGCACCCCGAGCCCGAGCCGCGCCGGCGCCCCCACCGCCUGCUGGGACCGCGCCGGAGGAGCGGAGGAGCGGAGGCCCCGAGGGGACAGAGGACACGCAGCGGGAGGCCCCAGCCGAAGAUGCCGCCGCCCUGGGCCCUGGCGCUCCCGCUGCUGCUCCCCUGGGUGGCAGGUGGCUUAGGGAACGCGGCCAGUCCCAGGGAUCGCGGACUCUUGACGUCUGCACCGCAGCCUGGGCUCUGUCGCUAUGGGGCUAAGCUGGCCUGCUGCUAUGGCUGGAGAAGGAACAGCAAGGGAGCCUGUGAAGCUACCUGCGAACCUGGAUGCAAGUUCGGGGAGUGUGUGGGACCAAACAAAUGUAGAUGCUUUCCAGGAUACACUGGGAAAACCUGCGGUCAAGAUGUGAACGAGUGUGGCAUAAAGCCCCGGCCGUGCCAGCACAGAUGUGUGAAUACGCAUGGGAGCUAUAAGUGCUUUUGCCUCAGCGGCCACAUGCUCAUGCCAGAUGCCACAUGUGCAAACUCCAGGACGUGUGCCAUGACAAACUGCCAGUACAGCUGCGAAGACACGGAGGAAGGGCCGCGCUGUCUCUGUCCAUCCUCGGGCCUCCGCCUGGCUCCAAAUGGAAGAGUUUGCAUAGACGUUGAUGAAUGUGCCUCCAGUAAAGCCGUCUGCCCUUAUAAUCGGAGAUGUGUGAACACGUUCGGAAGCUACUACUGCAAAUGUCAUGUUGGUUUUGAACUGAAAUAUGUCAGGGGCCGAUACGACUGUGUAGAUAUAAAUGAAUGUGCCGUGAAUACCCACACAUGCAGCCUCCACGCCAAUUGCCUCAAUACCCCAGGAUCCUUCAAGUGUAAAUGCAAGCAGGGAUACAAAGGCAGUGGACUUCAGUGUUCUGUAAUCCCUGAAAAUUCUGUGAAGGAAGUCCUCAGAGCACCUGGUACCAUCAAAGACAGAAUCAAGAAGUUGCUGGCUCACAAAAACAGCAUGAAAAAAAAGGUAAAAAUUAAAAAUGUCAUCACAGAACCUUCUGGAACCCCUGCGCCAAAGGUUAACUUGUGGCCCCUCAACCCUGAAGAGACUGUUUCCAGAGCUAGGACCUCUAAUGGAGGAAAGAAACAGAAAGAAGAGAGAAAUAAAGGGGGGCUUGAGGAAGAGGAAAAAUAUGAGAAAGCCCUGAAGAACCACGUGGAGCGGGAGCAAAGCCUUCGAGGAGAUGUGUUCUCCCCUAAGGUGAAUGAAGCGGGUGAAUUGGGUCUCGUUCUGGCCCACGGAAAACCUGUAACAUCCAGACUGGAACACAAAGAUUUAAAUAUCUCCGUAGACUGCAGCUUUGACCAUGGGGUCUGUGACUGGAAACAGGAUAUAGAAGAUGACUUUGACUGGAAUCCUGCUGAUCGAAAUAAUGCUGUUGGCUACUAUAUGGCAGUUCCAGCCCUGGCGGGCCAUAAGAAGGACGUGGGCCGGUUGAAACUCCUCCUCCCAGACCUGCAGGCCCAAAGCAACUUGUGUUUGCUCUUUAAUUACCGGCUGGCUGGAGUCAAAGUAGGGAAACUGCGAGUGUUUGUGAAAAACAGCAACAAUGCCCUGGCCUGGGAGGAGACUGGAAGUGAGGAUGAAAGGUGGAAGACUGGGAAAAUUCAGUUGUAUCAAGAGACUGGCACUACCAAAAGUAUCAUUUUUGAAGCAGAACGUGGCAAGGGCAAAACUGGAGAAAUUGCAGUGGACGGCGUCUUGCUGGUUUCAGGCUUAUGUCCAGACGGCCUUUUAUCUGUGAAUGGCUAAAUGUUACUGUGCUCUUUUGUAUCUUUAUAUUUAGCUUUUUAUGUCAGUUCUGUGUUUUCUAAUAUUACAUCAUAGAUUGCCCCACUUUAGAAAUGCAAACUGAAAAAUUGUAAUGUAUCAACAGAAACGUUAUUGUAAGCUGCCUUUCUUACGUAAGAUAUGCCAAUAUUUGCUUUAAGAACCACUUGUCACCUCAUUCAUUUCUGAAUUUAUAAAAUGUAGAAAUGUGGAAAAAGCUCAGCUUCGCCCCACCCCAGUAUAUCUGAUUUGUCUACACAAGUUGAUGGACCUCUAUGUAACAUUUUUAGAAUUAUAAAAAUACAACAAACAAACAACAAAAACCCCACAGAGAAUUGUUUCUCUGUUUGACUUUUCUGGCACUUCUUAGAAGCUGACAUCACAGAUUUUUAUCUAAGUGACUUAGCCUGAUUGUUUACAGCCCAGCUUAUAUAUUUAAAUUCUUUGUAAUAAUAUUCAAAUAAUCACCUGUGUCUUGGUUUAAGUUUUUUCUAAGUAAGAAAAUGUGUUAUUGGUGUUCUGUUUCAAAAUGUAUAUAAUUAUUUGCUUUACUGGGAAAUAUAGGUUUCCUUCUUUUUCUUUGGAAAUACCUUAUAUUCUUAAAAUUCUUUUUUUUUUUUUUUUUUUAAUUCUUAAAAUU